UACGUUUAUUAUUCCAUCCGAUUACAACCUCAAAAUGUAUAAACACGGGAACUGUUUAUCUAAUUCAACGACUUCUUUUUGCAAUAAAAUUAUUUUAUUGUAAAGGAAAUAAUAAUAAUGUUAAUUAUAACACAACCAUUGACUGCAUUUUGUAAUUUUAUAUUUCUAAAUAAUUAGUAGUUAAGACCACCGAAGCUUUAAAUAAUGUAAAUACGUAUAAGUAAUCUUGUAAAUACAAUAAUGGCAUUUUCAUUUCGUAUUGGGACCAAAUGGUGUCACGAUUUCCCAAAAUUGGCUAAAGAAUCGGGAUUUUAUUUUAAUACCCACAGGUCCAGAGUACGGAUAGAUUGGAAUCGUAUAAGUAAUAUAAAUAUUGAUCAGAUUAUAAGGGAAAGAGAUUUUCAUUCCAUUGAUGAUAAUGUAAACAAUGUAGUAGAUUAUUCGUUAGAAAGCGAAUACGACGUUAAGAUUCUGGAUCCUAACUUUGUAAAGCUAUUCAGACUUGCGCAAUUAGCAGUGGAAUAUUUAUUAUAUUGCAAGGAAUACUUAGACCACAGUGUAAUAAUAUUGAAAGACGAACUGAAACUAAAGAUAGAAGAAAACGUUAAACUGAAAAAGGAAGUAGCUACUUUAGAAGAAGUAGUAAAGAAUUUAAAAGAAAAAGCAAAGGAUAGGAGUAAAUUAAUAGAGACUAAAAUUGGAGAUUCUAACGGUGAAAUUUAUAAAUGUCCCCAUUGUCCAAAAACGUUUAUAUCUUCGAUGUUUGCAAGCGCUCACAUUUUACGCCGACACACAUAUGUGUCAGACUUAUGCGUGACUUCUUCCCCUAUACAUGACCACUAUCGUAGCGAAACAGAAAGAUUGCAUAACGAAAUAAAAAGCUUAAAAGAACGAUUGAAUGAAACUGAGAGAGUAAUAAGGAACGAAUCUGAAAAUGUUGCCAAUAAAAAUACAAUAGAUUACGAGAGAAAAUUACCUGAAAAUAAAGUUGAAAGUUUUAAAUGCGAUAUCAAUAAAUCUGAAGAACAUCAAGAGUACAAAGAAUAUCAGGAAGAAAUAAAAAAUUUGAAAACUAUGCUUUUCGAUGAAAUACAUAACUUAAGGCAAAAAGAGAAGAUGAUGUACGAACGAACAUCGGAAACAAAUGUACAAACAUUGAUGAAUCAACAAGAAAAAGAAUUCCAGAAGUUAAGAAAUCAGUUAUUUGAAAAACUAACUCCGGAUAUAGAAAGCAUGCAUGCAAAAUUAUAUGCGCAGGAAAAUUAUUGGAGAUCCAAAAUCGAACAUUUAGAAAAUCAGCAUCAAAAAGAUAUAGAAACACUCACUACGGAACUGAAAUUAACACAAAAAGCGGCCGAAAAUAUAAAAACGGAAUAUGAAUCGAAAGUUAACGAUUUAGAACGUCAAACAGCAAAUCAGUCGAAUAUUUUAAUUGAACAAAGUAAACAAUUACAUUCUUUGUCGCAUGAAAUAAAUGUUUCACAGCUAAAUGAAAAAAACACAAAUUUUGAAUACAAUUUGCCAAAGAAAAGCGAUCGAUCUGUAAUUUUUGAGCGGACCAAUGAAACUGUAAAGAAACCGGAUGAAAAUGAUUUACAACAAAAGGAUCAUGGAACUGCAAAAACAGAACAAUUGACUGCUGGAAAUAUGGAUAGUACUAUAGUAUUUCCAUUGGCGUUGCAAAAUAAAUUUUCAAGAAAUGUACAUACUUUAUAUUCCGGAAACAAGCCUGCUAUGUAUGAGAAUAAAGUAAUUAGGAAACAGAAAAAUAUUAACAAAAUAAAGAGUACAAGAUUUGAGAAUAAAAAAAACUUGGAGGAUGAUUUGAAAAAUUGUAGUUCAAGUGAUAUAUCGGAGUCACAAAGUUUGGGUCUUAAAAAUAAAAUUAAUUAUGAAACAAAGCAUAUAAAUUAUGGCUUACACGAUCGAUUAACCGCGAAAGUUGAUUUGAAUAAAUCUGGUACAAAUAAGUCAGAAAAUACUAUAAACAAAAGUAUGCCUAAAAAAAACUUAACUAACGUGAAAAAUAAGAAAAAGCCCGAAAUCUUAGAAAAUAAUCUAACUUCCGAAUCAAGCUCAGAGUCCAUUUCUGAUUUCCACACGCAUUCUGAAUCAGAAAGUAUCACUGUAAUUGAUAAUAAUUUGAGUCUGCAUGAACAUAAAACACAUCCAUUACCUCCUUCGAAAUUUAAGAAGACAAUACAGUACGAUUCAUUCCACGAAGAAUUACAGACCAAUUUACAAGAUAUGUUUGACCAGAAAUUAAGAGAUUUAGGAAUAGAUCCAGAAUGGCAAGGAAUACCGGAAGCUACUUUCAAGCAAAUCAUGGAGAUUUUAAAACAUCAUCAAAAACUAUCUAUGAAAAAAUUGCCAAAGUAUUCUCGGAUUAAAUCGAAAAUAAUUGAGGAGGUUCUCAAGAAAACGAGUAGAAAAGGAAAAGCAAAAAAAACUAUAGAGCAUGCAAAACAAAUGCCUUUGCAUAAAUCAGCAACCAAUUCUAAAUUAACGACAACAAAAGCAUUUAGCGAUAAAAAAGAUAUUGGCAAUUAUGCUUCUGCGUUGCAAGUACAGAAUACAAAGCCAAAUAAAUGGCACUCUACCCCAGAAAAUUAUCAUGCUGCUAAAGAUAUAAACGAAAGCGAAUUAUCGCCAGUAAAAUCCACAAAGAUAACAAAUUACAAAGACAUAGAAAGUUUAAUAAAACUUUCUCCAAAUACGAUAAAAUCUUUGGAAAGCGCGUGGCAUACAAAUUCGCAAGGAAUGUGUACAAAAGAAGAUUCUUUGAAUAAAAUGAAAGCUUUAUUUGACUCCGAACAAACUAAAAUAAAAACAAACAGUAAGGAAGCAUUAGACGUAAAAUCCAUUGAGACCAAUAGUGAUAGUAAUUCGCAUGCGCAAUCAGAGCCACAGAAUAUUUUAAUAUCUCCCAAGUAUAAUAAAAGUGUUUUAAAAUCUACGAGUGGUUCAACGAGUAGUUUAACGAAGAAGAAAGUUAUUUUCGAUUUAGCGGAUGAAAAAGAUAAAGAAUCAAUAUUGGAUUAUGAUAUGGAAAAAGAAGAACCAAAUGAUAAUUGGAAUACUUCAAGCACUUUUGCUGAGAAGAAAGAUUUAUCAGAGAGAGAAAGUUACAAAAGUACAAGUAAUAUCAUGCUAAAGACCACUCAAAGCGAUAAAAUUGCAGAAAUAUCAAAGAAACUCGAAGCACAGUUAAGUAUGGUGAGACAAAAGCCUGUGGGAUCGGUUGAAACAAUAUUUUCUUCAAAGUAUGUACAAGAUAGAGAAAAUCGUAGCAACGACAACGAACAAAUGCGUACAACAAGUACAGGUUUUCGAUUAGAAAGUCCAUUUAAAGCAUCGACAUUUAAUUCUAAAGCGUUAAACGAUUCAUUGCCACAACCAGCACCACGUAAUUUAAAGAAUAAAAUGCCUGAAACUUUACAUUCAGAAUCGAUAUCAGAAAGUUCAGAUCUAGAUUCCGAUAUUGAUAAACUCUUAAAAUUAGAAUAAGUAUAUCAACAAAUUCUGUAUGGUUCUUAGAAAGAAACAUAGUGUACAUA